UGGGUGUUCACCGGCGAGGGCCCGGGCCGGAACUGAAAGGCUCUUCUCCGAAACUAAAGUCCGUGCGACGACGGGAUUUGAGAGUGGCGCUGGGUUCUGCUUCCUGUUGUAGCCGCUCUCGGUUGGAAGCUCAGGCUCGACUGUUGGCCGCGACUGUAAUGGGGUGGGACAAGAGCAUUACUAGGGAUUAAACCCAGGACCUUCUGCAUGUCAGCCUCUAAAGAGAAUUAAUAUAUAAUGGCAGGAAUUUUGCACUCAGUGGUACAGAGGUCCCCUGGUAAACUACAGACUGUGACAAAAACUGUGGAAUCUCUCGCUGGUACAAAUUGGAUUCGUCACAAAUUUACCAAAUCAAGAAUUCCAGACAAAGUGUUUCAGCCUAGUCCUGAAGAUCAUGAAAAAUAUGGUGGAGAUCCACAGCACCCUCAUAAACUGCAUGUUGUUACCAGAAUAAGAAGUAUAAAAGGGCGUCCAUACUGGGAAAAGGAUACAAUAAAGAUGCUUGGACUAGAAAAAGCACAUACGCCUCAAGUUCAUAAGAAUAUUCCUUCAGUGAAUGCAAAACUAAAAGUGGUUAAACACUUGAUAAGUAUCAAGCCCCUGAAGCUGCCACAAGGACUUCCCACAGAAGAAAACAUGUCUAACACAUGUCUCAAGAGCACUGGGGAGUUAGUUGUGCAGUGGCACCUGAAGCCUGUGGAGCGGGAAGGAAAGCCUGCUGCCCAAGCAGCUUCAGACUAAAAAAUGCUACUUCUAUUUAAUAGAAAAUGUUUUCAUCCAAAUUUAUUUUAAAUCCAGUAAUUUUCACUGGCAAAACAUAACUAUGUUUCUUUCCCACUAUAUAGAUUUGAAGAUUUUGAUUGUAUUACUUGGUUUAAUUCUCUUCCUUUUUACUCCUAAGAAUUUCACUCCAAAAUGGAUAAGAAUGAAGUUGUUUGAACCAUUUAUCUAACAUCUAGGUCCACUGACAACUUUGUCUGUACGAAUUGCUUUAAUUAAAAUGACUUUGGGGGUUUGA